CGUCUCAGGGAUGUGGCGGAUGGAUUGGAUUCGGGAGCCGCGGAUAGGUGUGAAACCCAUCCAUACCCUCAGCGCCAGUUUGGGUCCCCUUUCAAUCGAAAUCGUUGCCUAGUGCUCCGUACCCAGGAAUCAGGAACAGAAGGGAAGAAGAGGGGGGAAAGCCUAACUAACCGACCUACCUGGGCGCUGGAUUCUGGACGGGGUCCACACCGAACGGAUACUUUAUUCCCUCCAAGCUGCGGUCUGGGCGGAGCCUCGCUACGCCGGUUGCCCAAAUCAGGAUGGCAGCGAUCCACUUCGUUUACGAUGGUCGCGAGAGAAAAGGGUCGUCGGGCGGUUUCAGACGGAAAGCUUUAACUAUUGGGCUGAACAGGCGAAAUGACUGGAUGGAUCGUUUAAUAUCGGCAGGAGACAGCGCUGAACAGGGUCAGCAUCCAUCGUGGGGGGGCCCGUUCGAAAAAAGGAUGCCCCAGUUGAGGGAAUAUAGUUACUAAUAUACUUCCACUGAAAACAGUGUGGUCAAGUAAGCGUUGGAAAACAAAAGUCUUGGGAGACGGGGAGGAAGGAAUCCAUGGCUGAUGGGCUCAAUCCUGCUGAGCACUUCGUACGUAGCCAGUAUUACUUUGUAUUCCCUUUAGUCAAUCUGCGGAGGAAUACCACGCGGGGGGGCGAAUGCCAAGUUGCCAACCUUACUGGUGUUAAGCAUAUUCUCUCGGCCUUUGUCCGGCGCCAGACCAGCAGGGCACUAUUUCGGCGUAUGAGCGUAAAACUGACAUGA